AUGAGCAUUGUGCCAAACAAGAACUACAGAUCCGCCGUAUCAUCUACGUCCAGCCAUCACAAGACUUCGAAUGCCGCUCCUGCGCUUCCAGACAGCCUAAGAAACCAAAACGGGGGCGCUACGCCGCUCAGCACUCAGACCAACGGAAAGCACCCAUUGGAAACAAAACUGCAGAGUUGGGAUCAGACCCAGCGCAACAGAGAUCUCGAACAGUACCGCAGGGUUUUUGGCCUUGCUGAGCCUAUGAAACGCGAGAUGGAACUCGCCAUCGUACAAAACUCUGAUUUCAACCCUUUGUCACAGUCCACAGACUCUGGGUUCUCAACUAGUUUACAUCGCGAUAUAUUGCUGAACCGUGAGGCCAGUGUUGAUUGGGAAGACGUAUACCAGGGAUCGGGCAUUGUUGGAGGUGUCUCGAUGGGCCCGGACGUGCAUGGCGCCAUCGAAAAGUCUUUAGGUAUUUGA